ACUUAUGAAUCAUAUAUAUAGAACAUGCACAUCCGCAAAGAAAAUAAUAUUGAAAGAAAGAACUGUUACAUAAAUUUCCUCAAAUUUAUGGUUGACGUUAUAUAAGUGAUUAUAUAAUUAAAUUUGAAAAAGAGAAGAUGUCACACUAUGAUCCAGUGUUCGUUGAGAUACAAGACUUAAGAACGGAAUUAAACAGAGAAGACCUAAAGAUUUCAGAUGAUAUAAAGGAAAGAGUAAAGAAUAUUGAGGAGCUGAUGAUGGCUAGAGAAAGAUUUUGUGGUGAUCACACAUCAGACAGCAGCGUUGAAGUGCAAGCUAUAGCCAAAGCGACCUUGGAUCAUCCUUGGAAUGAUCUGUUUCAGGAAGGGAAAAUAAAAUUCAAUAUGAAAACUUCAAUGAUGUCUGGAAAUGUCACAGGUUGUUUUUUGCAGUUUUUAGUCAGUUCUUCCAAAGCUAAGAAUGUGUUAGAGAUUGGUACAUUUACUGGAUGCAGUGCUUUAAGAAUGGCAGAAGUUUUGCCUUCUGAUGGCAAAAUUACCACAUGCGACUUUGAUCCAUAUGUCGCAGAAUUUGCUAGAAAUAUGGUUAACACAUCCCCUCAUGGCACUAAGAUCGAAAUACUAUUAGGGUAUGCUAAAGAUACAUUACCAGAUUUAGUCAAAAAGGGAUCAAAGUUCGACUUCAUAUUUAUUGACGCUGACAAAAAAAGAUAUGUAGACUAUUUCAAGAUAUGUUUGGAUUCAUUGUUAGCGCCAGGAGGAACGAUGGUAAUUGAUAAUGCCAUGUUUUAUGGUACAGCUUAUGCAACGAAACCACGUGGAAUGUAUGGAGACCAUACCAGACAGUUUAAUGAGGCGGUUAAACAAAGACAAGACAUAUGUCAUGUAUUGCUACCAGUAAGAGAUGGUAUAAUGUUGGUGAGGAGAAAGGCUGACAUGAAUGGAUAGAUAAAGUGAAAACAUAUAAAAUGAAUAGAUAAAGUGAAUGUAUAUAUAAUGGAUUGGUCAAGUGUAAUCAUUAACAUGAACAUAUAUAAGAUAGGUCCAGUAAAACAUAUUUAAUAGAUUGACUCAUUGUAAAAUUGUUUCAAUUUCUUUUUCCAUUACAUUUUGUUAAAUUA